UCAAAAUCGUUCUCACAACAGGUUUCACGGACGUAUACUCAAAGCUACAAAUCAUGUUUAACUUACGUCUGAGCAUCGUGCUGAAGACACAAGGUGCCUUUGCUGGAAUCCGUCAGAUUAUACCCAGCAGAAAUGCAUCCGUAUUGGGACAUUUAGAACCAAAUGAAGGUGCUGUCAAGGAAUACAGAAGACUUGGUAGAGGUGCUUCUUCUGGUUUAGGUAAGACUUCCGGUAGAGGUCAAAAGGGUCAAAAAGCCAGAGGUUCUGUUCCUAUGUGGUUUGAAGGUGGUCAAACUCCAUUUUUCAAACGUUUCCCUAAGACUGGUUUCAAUAGAGCUAACACAAGAGUUUUCCAUGAAUUAAACUUGGAUAGAAUUCAAGACUUCUGGAACAACGGAAGAAUCCCUUUGAACGAAGGAGAAACUUUAACCAUCCAGGUUAUGAGAAAGUGUGGUUUGAUCACUGGGUCGUUGAAAGAUGGUGUUAAAAUCUUGUCAAAUGGUGCUGAAACUUACAAUGUACCACUCAAUGUAGAAGCCACUAAAGCUUCUAACCUGUCAAUCGAAACGAUUGAAAAAUUGGGCCAUGAAUACACCGCCGUAUACCGUACACGUCUUGGUUUGAGAGCCCAUGUUUCUCCAGACCAUUUCUUACGUACUAGAGGUUAUGUUCCAUUACAAGCCAGACCAACCCACAGAAGAGACAUUGGUUACUACUCCAACCAAGACAAGAGAGGUUAUUUGUUGAAGAACCGCUCCUUGUUGUUGGACUACAUGGGUAAGAGAGAAGAAAGAAAGAAGGUUGUUCGUUUGAGUGGUUUACAAAAACUGUUGAAGGAUGCCACCGUUGUCAGCCAAAAGGAUUUCCAACAAUCCGCCACGGUUAACUUUGCCGAUUUGUAAGCGUUGUAUAUAGUUCCA